GGCUCUCCAGGUAAAGAUGGCGGAACGUGGUUACAGCUUUUCGCUGACAACAUUCAGCCCAUCUGGUAAACUUGUCCAGAUUGAAUAUGCUUUGGCUGCUGUAGCUGGAGGAGCCCCUUCAGUGGGAAUUAAAGCUGCAAAUGGUGUGGUGUUAGCAACAGAAAAGAAACAGAAAUCCAUUCUGUACGAUGAACGAAGUGUGCACAAAGUGGAACCAAUCACCAAGCAUAUAGGCUUGGUGUAUAGUGGCAUGGGCCCAGAUUACAGAGUACUUGUACACAGAGCUCGAAAACUAGCUCAGCAGUACUACCUUGUUUACCAAGAACCCAUCCCCACAGCACAGCUGGUACAGAGAGUAGCUUCUGUGAUGCAGGAAUACACCCAGUCAGGUGGUGUACGUCCGUUUGGAGUUUCUUUACUUAUUUGUGGUUGGAAUGAGGGGCGACCCUAUUUAUUUCAGUCCGAUCCAUCUGGAGCCUACUUUGCCUGGAAAGCCACAGCAAUGGGGAAGAACUAUGUGAACGGGAAAACGUUCCUAGAGAAAAGAUAUAAUGAAGAUCUGGAACUUGAAGAUGCCAUCCAUACAGCCAUCUUAACCCUAAAGGAAAGCUUUGAAGGGCAAAUGACAGAAGAUAACAUAGAAGUUGGUAUCUGCAAUGAAGCUGGAUUUAGGAGGCUUACUCCAACUGAAGUUAAAGAUUACUUGGCUGCCAUAGCAUAAUAAGGAAGCAGCUGAAUAAUCUGGGAUUUCGGAUAAUCUAUCCGCUCUUAAACAUGUUUAAAGUAUGUUUUGUUUUGCAGAUUUUUUGCAUACUUAUUUCUACAUGGUUUAAUGGACUGAUGUUUUUAAAAUGACAUAAAUCAUAAUAAACUGUUAAAAAUCAAACUUCCAGCUUUUUAGGAAUUAGUAAAAUUUUAACAUAGGUAUUUUCUGCAUUUAUUGUAGUUGAUUUCUGGAAACUACA